AUGGAAUCAUUGAUGCAGCGAAUCAACGAGCACAUCCGAGUAAAGGAUGAUGCCGCCACCACCACCGCAACCGAGAAGGCAAAUCUGAUUGCGGCGGAAAAACGUGUGCCUGGGAAGGUUCACUCGGUGGGACAGGAGGAUAACCGUCCUAAUAAUCAAGCGAGAGAGCAACACCGUGGAACUGGCCGCAAUGAUAAAAACAAAGGCCAUGGGAAUGACCAAGCUAAUGUUUCACGUAACGAGGAGGAAGAUGCCAAGAGAAAGUUGAAGGCGUGGACUGGUAUCACAACAGUCUUCAAAAUCCCGAUUUAUCGCAUCAUCAGCGAGAUUAGAGACGAGCCAUAUGUUCGAUGGCCAGCGAAAUUGGGGGAUGCACAGAGGGGCUUCAACUCAAGAUACCGCUGCACUUUUCCUAAAGAAAUGGGUCACCGAACGGAGGAUUGCGUGCCAUUGAAACAACACUUGGAAGAGCUGGUCACAGCGGGAUAUUUAGACUAUUAUAUUGGCGGCAGAAUAAGGGCCGCCCCACAAGGACAAGCCGAGCCAAAUGGGCUUGCCGUAUUGGAUGCCGCACCCCAAGGAGUCAUCAAUGUUAUUCACGGUAUCAUCGAGCCAAUACGAGUCUGUGAGCUUAGGGAGAUGAUUAAGAAAGUCGAGCACGUGAGGGAAGUGCUCUCCGUUCAGCCCGCCGUGAAAAAUGGGAAGACCGAGAUCAAAGACAUCCUGACUUUUUCAAGCAAGGACUUAGACAGAAUUCAAACCCCUUAUAACGACGCCUUGGUUAUGACACUUCGCAUCAAAGACUUCGACAUCAAGAGAAUACUGAUCGACCAAGGGAGUUCGGUCGAGAUCAUAUACUAUGAUGCAUUCAAGUAG